ACAUCAUGGGUUUGGCAUGUGCAUUUUACAUGUGAUGUUACAUCCUCUGGUUAAAUAUCCCAAUUACCUGCUCUGUAUUUUACACUUCGACACUGCCACUGGACUGAGAACAUUCACAUCUGCUACCUGUGGACACAGGUUAUAAUCAGCACAAUGGACUGGAGGGUUAUACUGGCUAUUUUGUGUAUUUUGUGUCUGCCUGCCAGGGCUGAAGUGACCACAACUCAAGCAGCUACAACCAGGGCUGCAGUGACCACAACUCAAGCAGCUACAACCAGGGCUGCAGUGACCACAACUCAAGCAGCUACAACCAGGGCUGCAGUGACCACAACUCAAGCAGCUACAACCAGGGCUGCAGUGACCACAACUCAAGCAGCUACAACCAGGGCUGCAGUGACCACAACUCAAGCAGCUACAACCAGGGCUGCAGUGACCACAACUCAAGCAGCUACAACCAGGGCUGCAGUGACCACAACUCAAGCAGCUGCAUCAACCACAACUCAAGCAGCUGCAUCCAGCGCUGCAUCGACCACAACUCAAGCAGCUGCAUCAACCACAACUCAAGCAGCUGCAUCAACCACAACUCAAGCAGCUGCAUCCAGCGCUGCAUCAACCACAACUCAAGCAGCUGCAUCAACCACAACUCAAGCAGCUGCAUCAACCACAACUCAAGCAGCUGCAUCCAGCGCUGCAUCGACCCUGACUUCAAACCCAAACACAGCUACAACCAGCGCUGCAUCGACCCUGACUUCAAACCCAAACACAGCUACAACCAGCGCUGCAUCGACCCUGACUUCAAACCCAAACACAGCUACAACCAGCGCUGCAUCGACCCUGACGUCAGACCCAAACACAGCUACAACCAGCGCUGCAUCGACCCUGACUUCAAACCCAAACACAGCUACGACCAGCGCUGCAUCGACCCUGACGUCAGACCCAAACACAGCUACGACCAGCGCUGCAUCGAUCCUGACUUCAACCACGAACACACCUCCAUCCAGCCCUAUAACGACCCCGAUUUCAACAGCUAUACCGGUAGCUGCAUCUUUCAGCUUGAUCUUCAGCAUCAAUGAAGUCUUUGUUCCAGCACUGGCUGAUACGAGCUCUUCACUGUUUUUAGAAAAAUCUGCAAAUAUCAGUAAUGAGGUUGGACCAAUAUACAAGAAAAAGUUUAAAAACUUCCUAAUCAUGAAAAUUCUAAAAUUCAGGAGCGGUUCUAUUGUGACAGAAAGCCAACUGCUUUUCAGUUCUGAUGGACCAACCGUUUCUUCGGACCAAGUGACAUCCACCUUUACCAGCGGACUUUCUGAAUUGAAUUUUGCUGUUGAUCAAAACUCCAUCACUGUCACCCAGGAAUCUGGUACAACCAACGCUACAACGACCAUAAGUCCACCAGUUGUAGCUGCAUCUUUCAGCUUGAUCUUCAGCAUCAAUGAAACCUUUGUUCCAGCACUGGCUGAUACGAGCUCUGCACUGUUUUUAGAAAAAUCCGCAAAUAUCAGUAAUGAGGUUGUACCAUUGUACAAGAAAGACUUUGACGAAUUCAUCCGCAUGGAAAUUCUAAUACUUAGGAAUGGCUCUAUUGUGACAGAAAGCAUCCUCUUCUUCGGUCCUAAUGCCGCAAAUGUUACUGCGGCCCAAGUGAAAAACACUCUUCUCAACGGACUUAAAAACUUGACCUUUACUGUUGAUCCAAACUCCAUCAGGGUCACCCAGAUUUUUGGGAAUUCCAUGCCACCAGUGAUUGCCAGCUCACUUUCCGUGAUAUGGAUGUCUCUUCUAUCACUUCUGCUUUCAGUGGCAUUGCACUUCUAGCUCUAGACCUGAUCAGAAAACAUACACAAUAACUUAAUGGUACUUAUUUCUAUUUAACGAUCCGAAUUCUUCUACUGAAGCAAAUAAACACAGACUGUUGUUUUUUUUCUUUCACCAUAAACAGUAACAUGUAGGUCUGCUUUUUGUGAUUAAUAUUUCAUUCAUAAGAUAAAGGGAAUAGGGCAUUUUAUUCUUGCAAACAAUAUCUCUUUUCAUGAGAAAUACAAAUAUCUUGACUUGCUGAAACUGGGGAUUUAAUGAGGGUAGUGACUUGCCUGAAUAUUUCUCCACAUCUCAACAGUCUUAAGGAUUGCAUUUAUUAAAUUUAAAUCACUUGGAACAUUCUUUAAACACCUGUCUCGUUAACAUAAAUUACAAUGUUGUCAAAGUCUAACCACUUAUAUGUAUAUCAGCUAUCUUCUGUAUAUCAGUGUGCAAUUAAUAAAUAUUUUAUGAAAUAAACAUUGCACAUUUAA